AUGCCAUCCGCAAUGGAUGAUCAUGAACCAGCUGAAAUGAAAUAUUUACGUUCAUUUGAUUCAUUAAAUAAAGAUAUGAUUACUGAUGCGACAACAUCAAAUGAAUGGGCAGCAAAAAAAUAUGUUUGGGUACCUGAUGAACAAGAAGGUUUUAUUCGUGGUACAGUAAAACAAGAACAACAUGAUGGUUUACUUACCGUCGAUUUAGAUACAGGAAAACGAAUUAAUAUUCAUAAAGAUGAUACACAACGAGUUAAUCCACCAAAAUUUAGUAAAAUUGAAGAUAUGUCUGAAUUAACAUGUUUAAAUGAUGCCAGUGUUUUAUAUAAUCUCAAAGAACGAUAUUAUAGUGGAUUAAUUUAUACCUAUUCUGGAUUAUUUUGUGUGGUUGUUAAUCCUUAUAAACGUUUACCAAUUUAUUCUGAAAAUGUUAUUGAGUUGUACAAAGGAAAAAAACGUGAACAAAUGCCACCACAUAUAUUUGCUAUUGCCGGUGAUGCCUAUAGACUUAUGUUACAAAAUAGAGAAGAUCAAUCCAUAUUGUGCACUGGCGAGUCCGGUGCUGGUAAAACUGAAAAUACAAAAAAAGUCAUUCAAUAUCUAGCCUAUAUUGCCGCGGCACCAAAGAGUUCUCAAAGACAAACGCCAAACACCGCUGCACAAUAUCAGGGUGAACUUGAAGCUCAGUUAUUACAAGCGAAUCCAAUUCUGGAAGCAUUUGGCAAUGCAAAAACCGUAAAAAAUGAUAAUUCGUCACGAUUUGGCAAAUUUAUUCGUAUUAAUUUUGAUACAUCUGGUUUCAUAGCUGGUGCUAGUAUUGAAACGUAUUUACUCGAAAAAUCGCGUGCUAUUCGUCAAGCGAAAGAUGAACGUACAUUUCAUAUUUUUUAUCAAUUAUUACGUGGUGCUAAUACAAAAAUGAUUACCGAUUAUUUAUUAGAAGAUUUUAGUCGUUAUCAUUAUUUGACACAUGGUAAUGUUGUUAUACCGGGUAUUGAUGAUAGCGAAGAAUUUCAACAAACUGUAAAAGCCAUGCAAAUAAUGGGAAUGUCAUUAGAUGAUUUAAAUUCAUUAUUUCGAACAAUAUCGUCCGUAUUACAAAUGGGUAAUAUGCAAUUUAAACAAGAACGAAAUAGUGAUCAAGCAACAUUACCUGAUAAUACGGUGGCACAAAAAGUUUGUCAUCUAUUUGGAAUUAAUGUAACAGACUUUGUACGAUCAUUUUUAAAACCAAAAUUAAAAGUGGGAAGAGAUUUUGUUACCAAAGCACAAAGUCAAGCUCAAGUUGAAUAUGCUGUUGAAGCGAUAUCAAAAGCUGUUUAUGAACGAAUGUUUAAAUGGAUUGUUCAACGAAUUAAUAAAUCAUUGGAUCGUAGUAAACGACAAGGUGCAUCGUUUAUUGGCAUAUUAGAUAUAGCCGGUUUUGAAAUAUUUACAUUAAAUUCAUUUGAACAAUUAUGUAUUAAUUAUACAAAUGAAAAACUUCAACAAUUAUUUAAUCAUACUAUGUUUGUAUUGGAACAAGAAGAAUAUAGACGAGAAAAUAUUGAUUGGGAAUUUGUUGAUUUUGGUCUCGAUUUACAACCCACCAUUGAUCUUAUUGAAAAACAAAUGGGUAUUUUGAGUUUGCUAGAUGAAGAAUGUUGGUUUCCAAAAGCAACUGAUCGUACAUAUGUUGAUAAACUAAUCAAUUCUCACGCUCAACAUCCUAAAUUUGGUAAACCUAAUUUUAAAUCAACAUCUGAUUUUAGUAUAAUUCAUUAUGCGGGAAAAGUCGAAUAUGCAGCUGAUCAAUGGUUAAUGAAAAAUAUGGAUCCAUUAAAUGAUAAUGUUGUUGCUUUAUUACAAACAGCCAAUGAUCCAUUCACUCGAGAUUUGUGGAAAGAUGUUAUUGUUUGGGGUAAAAGUCCAAUCGUUGUUCUAAAACAGGUUGCAUUGUAUCCUGACUAUACCGAAAUUGUUGGGUUAUCAGCCGCUGAUCCAAAUGAUGCGACAUCAAAUUUAAAAGCAAAUAUUAAAAAAGGUAUGUUUCGAACAGUUGGACAAUUAUAUAAAGAUCAAUUAACAAAAUUAAUGAGUACAUUAAAAAAUACAAAUCCAAACUUUGUCCGCUGUAUAUUACCAAAUCAACAGAAAAAAGCCGGUUUAAUUAAUUCUCCACUUGUUCUUGAACAAUUACGUUGUAAUGGUGUACUAGAAGGCAUUCGUAUAUGUCGUAAUGGUUUUCCAAAUCGAAUAUUAUUUCAAGAAUUUCGACAACGUUAUGAAAUAUUGUGUCCAAAUGUGAUUCCAAAAGGUUUUAUGGACGGAAAAGCAGCAUCUCAAAAAAUGAUUAAAGAAUUAGAAUUAGAUGAAAAUCUUUAUCGUAUUGGUUUGACAAAAAUCUUUUUUCGUUCUGGUGUUCUUGGUCAUCUUGAAGAAGAACGUGAUUUAAAAUUAACCGAUAUAAUUACACAAUUGCAAGCAUUAUGUCGCGGUGUACUGGCUAGAAGAAAUUAUCAAAAACGAAUUCAGCAGUUAAAUGCAAUACGUGUUAUUCAACGAAAUGGACGAGCUUUAAUGAAAAUACGAAAUUGGAAAUGGUGGAGAUUAUUUACAAAAAUCAAACCAUUGCUUCAAGUAACACGACAAGACGAGGAAUUAACUCAAAAACAAGAAGAAAUUAAGCGUUUACGAAUAGAUAUUGAUCAACGCAAUAUUCAAAUUCAAGAAUUUCAACAACAAUUACAACAGACUCAACAGGAACGAAAUAUGAUUAAUGAAAAGUUAAUUCAGUUAUCUGAAGCAGUAGUUGAAAGUGAUGAGAAUCAACGUCGUGUUCAAACACGCAAAAUUGAAUUAGAAAAUAUUGUUCAAGAAUUAGAACAACGACUCGAAGAAGAAAUUGAAAGAAGCAACGGAUGGACAGCUGAAAGAAAACAUCUCGAACAAAAACUACAAGAUAUUACAGAACAGCUUGAAGAAGAAGAACAUGGACGACAAAAAUUACAAAUUGAACGCGUUCAAUUUGAAGGAAAAAUUAAGAAUUUUGAAGAUAUUAUUGCUGGUCAACAAAAUGAUUUGGGCAAAUUACAAAAAGAACGAAAAUUUCUUGAAGAUAAAUUACAAGAAGUCAAUCAUCAACAGCAGGAUGAAGGUGAAAAAUUUAAACAAUUAUUAAAAAUUAAAACAAAACAAGAAUCAGUUUGUAAUGAUUUGGAAGAGAAAUUAAAACGAGAAAUCGAACUUCGUCAGAAACUCGAACGUGAGAUACGUCGUUUAGAGGGCGAGGUACAAGAGUUACGUGAGCAACUACAAGAUCGUACACAACAAGUUCAUGAUUUACAAGCGCAUUUAUCACGUCGCGAAGAAGAAUUAACACAAGCAGUAACUUCAGCUGAAUCAGAAGCAGCUUCUAAAACAUCAUUUCAACGUCAACUUCGUGAAUUUCAAACACAAAUUCAAGAUUUACAAGACGAUAUUGAAAGUGAAAGAGAAUCACGAAAACGUUUAGAACGUGAAAAACGUGAAUUAAUGGAAGAAAAUGAAUCGUUACGUAAUGAAUUAUUAGAUCGUAAAGACAUAAAUCAAGUAAUGCAAGAACAACAGAAAAAACGUGACGAUGAAUUCUCGGCUCUUAAACGUGCACUCGAACAAGCACAUCAAGAUCGUGAGCAUGUAUCAAGUGAAUUAAGAAUGAAAUAUACAAAACAAUUGGAAGAGAUCACCGAUCAAUUCGAAAAUAUGAAAAAACAACAGCAGACAUUUCUGAAAGAUCGUCAACAACAGCAAACGGAGCUUGUUGAUAAAGAUAAUGAAAUUAAAAAUUUAAGUGCUCAAAAACAAGAUAUUGAGCGUAAACGACGUCAAUUAGAAACAUAUUUAAGUGAGUUACAACAUAAAUAUAAUGAAACGGAUCGUAUUCGAAAUGAAUCUCAAGAAAAAUUACAACGUUAUCAAAUGGAAUUGGAACAAAUAAACACCAAUUAUAUUGAAAGUGAACAACGUGCUCAAGCAAAUGAACGUUCAGUGGGUAUGUUGAGACAAGAUAUUCAAGAAUUACAAGAAAAUUUACAAGAAGAAAAUCGACAAAAAAUGAAUGCAUUGGGUAAAUUACGUCAACAAGAAGAUGCUCUGAACGACUUGAAAGAUCAAUUAGAAGAUAGAGAAGAAGAAAAAACCAAAUUUGAACAAAAAUUAAUGCAAAUGAAUCAACAAGUAAAUGAAUUACGUCGUCAAGCUGAACAAGUAAAUGUUGAACAAAUGGAAGAAUUACGACGUCAAUUACAACGUGAAAAAGAUAGUUUAAUAAAACAAUUAGAAGAUAUGCAAAAUGUGAAUAUAAAAUUAACAAAAUCAAAUCAAAAAUUUUCAAAUGAUAUUGCUGAUGUUAGUGUUGAAUUGGAACGUUAUCGAACGAUUGUUCAAAAUGUUGAAAAACAACAGCGUACAUUUGAUAAACGUAUACAAGAUGAGAAAAUUAUACAAGAAAAAUUGAAACAAGAACGUGAUUCAAAUGAUCGUGAAAUAAGAGAAAAAGAAACGCAACGUCUCAAUUUAUUAAGAGAUUUAGAAGAACGAAAUUUGGCUUAUGAAGAUUUAGAAAAACGUUUUAGACAACUACGUGGUGAAUUGGACGAUAUGCUAUCACGUAAAGAUGAUAUUGGUAAAAAUAUUCAUGAAUUAGAACGUGUUAAACGUAUAUUAGAAACAACUGUUGAAGAACAAAAACAACAAAUAAUCGAAUUAGAAGAUGAAUUACAGGCGGCUGAAGAUGGACGAUUAAGAGCUGAAGUAAAUAUGGGUGCGUUAAAACAGCAAAUGGAUAAAAAUGUUCAAGAUAUCAAUGAACAAAUCGAAGAUCGUAUGCGAUUAUUACAAAAACAAUUAAGAGAUAAUGAACUAGAAUUAGAAGAAGAAAAGAAAGUGAAAGCACAAGUAUUAAAUCAACGUAAAAAAUUUGAAAUGGAUAUACAAGAUAUGAGACAACAGUUGGAGGAAGGAAACAGGCAAAAAGAAGAAGCAUUGAGAAAUACAAGACGUUUGCAAACACAAGUUCGUGAAGUAUCACGUGAAAUUGAAGAAAUUAAGGUGAUUAGAAAUGAAGCAAUGGUCAAUGCUAAAGAAUGGCAAAAUAAAAUAAAAGCUUUAGAACAAACAUUACAACAAACAUUAGAUGAAAAAGAUUUGGGUGAUCGACAACGACGACAAGCACAAACGGAACGAGACGAAUUACAACAAGAAUUAGCUGCAUUAGGAAGUGGAAAAGGUGCAUUUAUUGAUGAAAAACGUCGCUUAGAAUCUCGUAUUGCACAAUUAGAAGAAGAACUCGAAGAAGAACAAACAAAUUCUGAGAUGAAUGCUGAUAAACAUAAAAAAUCAGCAUUACAUAUUGAACAGUUAAUGCUUGAUUUAUCUGCAGAAAAAGCAAAUAAUCAAAAAGCUGAAGCUGUUCGUUCUAAUCUUGAACGUCAGAAUCGUGAAUUGCGUGAAAAAUUGGAAGAAUUUGAAGAAUUUGGUAAAGGAAAAUCAAAAGCUUUAUUGGGUGCACUCGAAGCCAAAGUACAUGCACUUGAAGAACAACUGGAUGUUGAAGUCAGGGAAAAACAAAAAAUUAGUCGAAGCGUAAGAACGAUGGAAAAACGUUUCCGUGAAGCGGCUUCUAUAGCAGAUGAAAGCAAACAACAAGCGGAAUCAUACAAAGAACAGGCUGAAAAAGCAAAUAAUCGUAUUCGUGCCAUGAAACGUAGUCAGGACGAUUUAGAAGAAGAAAUUAGUCAGAUGAAAGGAAGAUUACGUAAAGCACAACGUGAAAAAGAUGAACUCGAUGAAAUGGUUACUGUCCAGAACGUUCAAGCGAAAACACGCAGUGCAUUUAGCGCGAUACCAGACAGUCCCUCGACAGCAUAUAAUUCGUCAACAUCGUAUGUCAAACAUAUUACAUCUACAAGAUAUUAUAGUGAAAUGUCUGAUGAUGAUCUACAAUCGGAAGCAACAAAUGCUAGUGUAUCAGAAACACUGAAUGGUGGACGAAGUAGUACAGGUGGAAUGGGUGAUAAUAACAGUUUUAAUAGUGGUCAUCAUUAA